AUGUAUAGUACAUUGCAGACCACAGGGCUUCAUAAUGCGGGAUCUUACAUCUGGCUGUGGCUAUUAGCAGAGCAGGGAUGGUGAUAGAAGACAUUUGAUAAUGAUGGAAGGUCUUAAGUUUCUAAAAUAAUGUUCUGCAGUGUCUUCUGCCUUUGCUUUCAGGUGAAACAUGCCACCACUCAACCUUACCAGCUUGACGCCAGCAACAUUCAUACUGGCUGGCAUCCCAGGCAUGGAGAAGCUGCACAUCUGGAUCUCGAUCCCAUUCUGCUCCAUGUAUCUGGCAGCCCUGCUGGGAAACGGUGUUGUGUUGUUUGUCAUAAGGACAGAACAUAGCCUGCACCAGCCCAUGUACCUCUUUCUGUCCAUGCUGGCCAUCACUGACUUGAUGCUGUCGACCACAACUGUGCCCAAGAUGCUGGCUCUGUUCUGGUUCAACACUGGGGAAAUUUCCUUUGGCGCUUGCCUGACCCAGAUGUUCUUCCUUCAUUUUAGCUUCUCGGCAGAGUCGGUGAUCUUGCUGGCCAUGGCGUUUGACCGGUUUGUUGCCAUCUGUUACCCGCUGCGGUACCCAGCAGUGCUGAGCCACUCAGCCGUCAUCAAAACUGGGCUGGUGGCUUUGCUGAGAAGUUUCUGUGUCAUUUUUCCAUGUAUAUUUCUUUUGAAAAGGCUGCCGUUCUGUGGGCACAAUAUCAUCCCACACACCUAUUGCGAGCACAUGGGUAUCGCCCGGCUGGCCUGUGCUGACAUCUCCAUCAAUAUCUUGUAUGGCCUUGCGGUACCUUUUGCAGCAAUAGUGGUAGAUGUUGUACUCAUUGCUGUCUCCUAUGUUUUAAUUCUUCUGGCAUUAUUCAGACUCCCCUCCAGAAGUGCCCAUCACAAGGCUCUCAGUACCUGUGGCUGUCACGUCUGUGUCACAUUACUUUUCUAUAUUCCUGCUUUUUUCACUGUUUUAACGCACCGCUUUGGUCGGGGAAUCCCCCACCAUGUCCACAUUCUACUGGCCAACCUGUAUGUGCUCUUCCCUCCACUGCUGAACCCCAUUGUGUAUGGCGUGAGAACAAAACAGAUAAAAGAGAAGGUUGUGAAAGUGUUCAUCUCCCCCAACAGUCAUUUGCUUCAAGAGUGA